UCCCCACCGAGAGCAAAGUAUGUCAAGUCCUCCCAGACAAUUCUCCAUUUCAUUUUCAUCUCCUCAAAACAGGCGUGCAUAAAUACUCCUGUUAUUCUAAUCGAGAGGCUGUGUGCCGCCGUACGAUUGGCUGAUAGCUGAUGACUCACUUCAACAGGCUGGUGUGGGGCUGGCAAGGAGAGGGGUGGGUGGAUGUGUGGGUUGGUUAAGGUGGUGGUGGUGAAAAAGAGGGAAGCAGGAGGCGUGGAGUGAAGCUCUCUCCCACAGCUUGUGUGCGUUGUUGUUGUCAGAGCACGCUGGUUCUCACACACUAACACACAACAUAAAUACUUGCAAAGGGAGUUAAUCUAUAUGCACUUUGUCACUGUGUUUCUGCCUGUCCAUCCAUGGCUGCCUGAAGCCAGACUUGAGGAGAAACACAGAGCCUGGAGGAGGAAGAGAGAGAGAGAGAGAGGGAGAGAGAGAGAGAGAAAAAGAGAGAGAGACUGGUGCUGAUCACAGAGGCUGCAGCCCCCAGCCUUCCCUUCUGUUGCAGCUACAGUACGUGUGAAAGGCGGAGUGGGAGAGGCAGCAGAGGCAGAGCUGGUGUUUGUCUCUGAGACUCGGAGGGAAGAGGAGAGCGCUGCGAGCCGAGAGGUGAAGAGUAUAGAGACAGUCGGUCCUCUGGUAUGUGUCCAGUGUGAGCGUGUCCAGUCCAAUCCAUUCCCUGCGCACCUCCACCUCGCACACCAGGACCCUGACACCAUCCACACAAACAGCAGGAAUACCUGUGUCCACUGAAGCGGUCUGUGCAGAGGAGCAUGUUGUGACAGCCAUGUCUCUGGAGAUGGAAAAGACCAUCACCAAGCUGAUGUACGACUUCCAGAGGAACUCCACCUCUGAUGAUGACUCUGGAUGUGCCCUGGAGGAGUACGCCUGGGUUCCCCCUGGCCUCAGUCCUGAGCAGGUGCAUCAGUAUUAUAACUCCUUACCAGAGGAGAAGGUCCCUUAUAUAAACAGCCCUGGAGAGAAAUUUCGCAUCAAACAACUGCUUCACCAGUUGCCACCACAUGACAAUGAGGUGCGUUAUUGUAGCGGGUUGGAUGAGGAGGAGAAACGAGAGCUGAAGCUCUUCAGCAACCAACGGAAGAAGGACAACCUGGGCAGAGGCAACAUCCGUCCUUUCCCCCUCACCAUCAACGGCGCCAUCUGUGACAAGUGUGGUGGUCAAAUAAACGGAGGGGACAUGGUGGUUUUUGCGGCGAGGGCGGGUCAUGGGAAAUGCUGGCACACUCACUGCUUCGUCUGCAGCAUGUGUGAGGAGCUGUUGGUGGAUCUCAUCUACUUCUACCAGGAUGGCAAGAUCCUGUGUGGCCGGCACCAUGCCGAGAGGCUGAAGCCCCGCUGCUGUGCCUGUGAUGAGAUAAUCUUUGCUGAUGAAUGCACCGAGGCAGAGGGCAGGCACUGGCACAUGAAGCACUUCUGCUGCUACGAGUGUGAGACCACUCUCGGCGGCCAGCGCUACAUCAUGAAGGACGGACGGCCACACUGCUGCAACUGCUUCGAGUCUCUUUAUGCAGAGUACUGUGACGCAUGUGGAGAACACAUAGGCAUUGACCAAGGCCAGAUGACGUACGAUGGGCAGCACUGGCACGCAACCGAGGAGUGUUUCUGCUGUGCCCGUUGCAAGCGCUCUCUGCUGGGCCGCCCAUUCCUGCCAAAGCAGGGACAGAUAUUCUGCUCACGGUCCUGUAGCGCUGGACAGGACCCAGAUGAGUCUGACUCCUCAGACUCGGCCUUCCAAAGCGCCCGUUCCCGUGAAUCCCGCCACAGCACCAAGAUUGGCAAAAAGGAACGCAGGAAUGCCGAGCAGGAGCGGCGGAGUGCCGAGGUUCGCCAGCCAGCUCCUCCACCCAUGCCAGAGCGUCUGUCUGCUGAAAUCGAUCCCCUCUCUGUUCAGAUGGACCGCUUAAGCCUCUCAUCUAGCCAGACCCCGAGCAGGACACCAAACCGCACGCCCAGUCGCACUCCAAGUCGUGCCCCGAGCCUUAACCAGGUGUGGAUGAGCCGGGAUGAACCCUACGUCCCUGCUGCCUAUGAAGGCCCCCAACGGGACCCCUCCCCCACGCCAGCACCUAUACAUCUGCUGGCUCAGUGUAACCCCAGGCAGGGCUACAAUCCCAACGCAAACGCUCAUCCUCCAGCUCAGACUGCUUCCAACUCCGGGAAGAGGCCCGACUCCUGGGGGAAGGAACAAGGCAACGCCAAGAGGACCCCUAUGGCUGCUCUGAGGGGCCACUCCUUCAAUGAAAAUUGGACCCACCACAGCCAGGAUGAGUUCAGGCCCAACAAGCUGCGCACCCAGAUGAGCUUCAAUGAGAUGUCGAGCCAGAGCCAGGGCUUCUCUGACAAGAGGAGCAUCAGCCUGCACGGGUUCCAGAGGGAUGGCAGACCCCCGCUGACCAGGAGGAACCCCAUCAAUGCCAUGAGCUUCAACGAGCCCCUCACUCCUCUAGAACAGACUCCUCGUGGAUCUGUAGACUCCCUCACAAUGUCCAAUGCUACAGGAGGUCACUCUCUGGACGGGGUCAGUAAGCGUCAGGAGCAUUUGUCCAGGUUCUCCAUGCCCGACCUGAGUAAAGACUCGGGUGUGAAUGUGUCUGAAAAGAGCAACAUGGGCACCCUCAGCUCCUCCGUCCAGUUCCACAGCACAGAGUCGCUGUCCUCCUCUCGCCCCUACAACAACAACAACAACAUGUACGCUCCACUGAGGGUCGGCUACCCGCUGCAGUACUGGGAUGGCCCGCAGCCACUGGGCUUCGACGGCAAAGGUCGUGUCGGGGUGAUGGGCAGUAGCGGAAACCUGCGGAUGGCUCCCAUGAGUGACAGAAUGCCCCGCCGACGCAUCAACGCGCAGGAAUCCGUGUCGCAGCAACAGCAGCCACAACCAAGACGCCGCAAACACCACCGUGGAACCCACGGUAACGGGCAGCACCGCAGUGGCCGCCACCACAAACGCUCUCGCCGCUCCCGCUCUGACAAUGCCCUGCACCUGGUGGCAGACCGGCCUGCUCAGAUGGUAGAGCUGCCCUACCGUCGCGUCCAGGAGGAUUACGACCGCUUCCCCGCUGGUAAUGCUGCCCGGGAGCUGUUUGGUCUGGAGCCAGGUGGGUACAGACAGCAGCCCCAACGGCCCUGCCCCCGCACCACCUCUGAUCUCACCCUGCAGAACGCUGGCUGGCAACCUGUGGGGCUGGGCGGGCCAUGCUGGGGCGACGGCUACACGGAGGGCGCCGACCCCUGGUGCUCCAGCUGCUCCUCUUCCUCCGAGUCUGAGGCAGACGAGGGUUAUUUCCUGGGUGAACCGAUCCCUCGGCCCGUGCAGCUUUGCUACAUCAACAACGAGGAGCUGCGCCACCGCUACAGCCCCUCUGGGAUAGCCGCCCAUCACGGACCUCUGCACGGACCGAUUCAUGGCCAGCUGCACACCCGCCAAAGGAGGAAGAGCAAAAACUGCAUAAUUUCUUAGAUGUAGAGCAAAGAGAUGGUGAGGGAAGCGCAGGAGAGUGAAAGAGAUGAGAGAGAGAGAGGUAAGGAUACGGUUAAAGUAACAGAGAGGUGGAACAGAGGGAGUGGGAAGGUGAGAGUGAGAUAGUUGACAGCGAGCGUUAAUAGUGUGUGUGUGUGUGUGUGUGUGUGUGUGUUGGGGUUGAAGAGAGAAAAAGGCCUAUUUUUUGUGCUUGUGAGCUUACACAACUACACCGGGUAGUGUUUGUGUACACCUACACAGAGUGAUCUAAUCAUAAGAGGAAGCUCAGCUGGCUUACACAACAGAAAUGUUUACAAUGAUGGAGAUCGACUCCUCUGAUGGUACCAGGGAGCACUGACGAAUUUGACUACUAAAUAUACCGCGGUCGAGGUAAAUAACGCGAUGUAUGUGCGUGUGUGUGUCUGUGCGUGAAUCCAUGUUACAGAGAGACAGAACAAUUCCUUUACAGUUUGAAAAAGGGAAGUAUAUCUGCAGCGAUCUGACUCUUCGUGUCGCCGCUCAGCGAUCCAAGCCCCUGGACCGUAAAACUUAUUCUAUGUGGACAAACCAGAAAUUGUGUUGGGAUAGUGAAAGUUACGUGCUAGAUUCCAAGCUAUGUCAUUGUUUACCUCAGUGGAAUCCAAAUGCUGCUGGAAUAUAGUGUUGGCUCGCUAGCCCUGUUAUCACCUUGUACAAAUAGUCUGUUGAACUUUGUGCUCUACAUAGCCAGCUCUCCAUGCUUUACCAAGGACAGCCUCUGCUCCUUGACCAUUCAGGCACAGUAACGUCAGGUAUGGUCCCGUUUUCUCUUCUGCAACAUGCUUUGUUUUUUGAGAGUUACCCUUAGAUGAUUAAGAAUUAUAAUAAUAAUAAUAAUAAUUAUAAUAAUAAUAAUAAUAAUAAUAAUAAUAAUAAUGCUAACAAUAAUAAUAACAAUGCAAACAAUAAUUAUGAGAAUAUUAAAGAAUGAUACCUGUUAAAUGUAUAUAUAGUAAUAAACUUAAUAAAGUAAUGGAUGUAGUAAUGUAAAUGUUCUGUACAUAUGGUCUUAAAUAUUUAUAUAUUUUGUAACUAAAGAAUCAUUAUUUGUAUAAGAUGAUGUAGAGAUAGGGAGACUUGCAUGUUCAUUUGUUGUUGUUGUCUCAUACUGAAAAUAAAGUGUACUUCAAGGAACAAUCA